AUAGUACUGUGCUUUGCAGAGGAUUCAUGACUAUGCAUCAGCAACUAUAUAUAUGGCUGUUUGUGUUUCUGUCAGCAGCAGCAUUCUUCCGUCUCUCCCAUGGUGCGGUAACUGGUGUUGGCACUGCUUCUCGGUACGGCCCCCCAUACUUACCAACGGCUUGUGCCGGCAAUGAUCAAUCACAGUUCCCGUCGAACGGCCUAUUCGCGGCAGCCGGGGAUGGGCUAUGGGAUAAUGGUGCAGCCUGUGGCACGCACUACCGUGUGAGAUGCAUAAGUUCAAGUGGAACUCAUGCUUGUGUUCCUGGUGGCAAAGUUGUUACUGUUAAGAUUGUCGAUAAUGCUAGAACUUCAGUGUCUCGGCCUACUGCUCCUUCUACCAUUGCCCUUUCUGCGACUGCAUUUACAGCUAUCGCAAAAUCCUCUGCCAAAUCUCUUAACAUUGAAUUCGAACGAGUCUAGAUGGGAAACUGAAGCUUUGAGCGCCCACAUAAUUAAUUAAUAUAGGUAGCUACCUAUACCAUGCAAGUCAAUGAGUUUGGUUAAGUAUUUUGUGUACUUUUAUAUUUGUCUUAUUUGUGUUUGAAUUCUAGUUUUCUAGAAUGUAUAAUAUUUUUAGAAUUUCCA